AUGUCGCCGGGCUUCAUACCACAGAAUGGCAACAACCUAUCGCUCGAAUGGCACGGUGAAGACAGAAGGCCCUCCGUGGCUAGUACGACGACAAUGUCCUCGACUGGCUCAUCGAAACGAAGUAUCACGGGCAAGUUCCACAAGAAGUUGCAAGGCUUCUUCGGCGAUGAAUUCGACCCAAAUGCGCCGCCGCCCAAAGAUGCGCCCGAUCAGUCAGAUAAAAGAGGUCGCAAUCCAUCCAAUGCCACACAAGUCACUGCAACCACUCGUCCUGGCAGUCCUUCGGCAUCGCGUCCACGUACUCCAAACACCAGUAGUGAAGUGACCCCAUGGGACUUUGAACCUGCUCCAGCAAACGUAAGUCGUCUUCAGUCGCGGAAAGACAAGGGCUCUGUCUCGGGCCGUCACCAUCGCCUUCACCUCCCUGGCCACAGACACAAGUCCAGUCUCGACGACAUCGACGAUAAUGCUUCCGUCAUGAGUAGCCGUGCUGGCACUAUCCGCAAGGAUUCGACACUCCCCACAAACCUCAAUGGCGCACGCCCGCGCGCGACGAGCCCCUCGCCUAGUAUGAAAAAAUCUACCUUGAAGAGUUUACCUGCAUCGACUGGCUCGCUCUCUCAGACUCCAGCUGCCCCAGUGGGAAAGAAAAAGGGCCCUCUGGGGCCGGAUGGCAAGCCAAUGGCAUUGGGUCUGACCAAGAAAGAGCACACGAGAAUUCCUUUCAAAGGACCGAGGCGCGCAGAGCCAAGUGCUGAGUUCAAUAAGAAGGAUCCCAAUGCUCCGAGACCCGAAGCCAUUCGCAAUGCGUCCGCUUUGUGGCAUCUCGAUACUGAUAUGAGCCAGAUGGAAGGCAUUGUCAAUCGUAGUCAGCCAAUGACGCCCCCCGUUACUAGCGAGAUAUUCACUGGCUUUCCUGGAAUGGAACCUUCGAAGCUCGCCGAGGACGACAAUGGAACCUGGGAGGUGCCUGACAGCUGGGCAGUCAAAAGAGUACCCGAUCAGAAUGUUGCUGCUCUUCGCGAAGUCGACGACGAGGGUCAGGUUCCCCGAGAUGAGGAUCCGGGCUCUAUGUACUUCAUGCGGAUAUUCAGAGCAGACAGUACGUUUGCAGUUAUUUCGGCUGGCCUGAACACAACUGCGAGCGAGCUUAUCCAAAUGAUGGCUAAGAAGACAUUCUUGCAAGACGAGCUCGACACGUAUCAGAUUGUUAUGCGAAAGACUGGCUCGAGUCGUAUCCUAGCUGGUGGUGAGCGGCCGUUGGCGAUACAGAAGCACAUGCUGGAAAUGGCUGGCUACAACGACAAGGACAAACCAGAAGACUUGGGUCGUGAAGACCAUGGCUAUCUGGUGCGCUUCACAUUCUUGCCUGGAAAGCUAAGCGGAUAUUCGAGCUUGGAUCGCGAUCCUGGAUUCAAGGGUAUGCAAAAGUUCAACCACAUCGAUCUUGCAGGGCGCGAUCUGGUUACCAUCCCCAUCACCCUGUACCAAAAGGCCACAGAGAUCAUCACAUUGAAUUUAUCCAGGAACCUGUCUCUUGACAUUCCCAAGGAUUUCAUUCAAAGCUGCACCAACCUUCGCGAGAUCAAAUAUACCAGCAAUGAAGCAUGGAAAUUACCUGCAAGUAUCUGUCUGGCAUCGAGACUGACUAUGCUCGAUGUCUCGAACAACAGACUUGAGCAGAUGCAGCACGCAGAUCUACACAAAUUGCACAAUCUUGUCAGUCUUAAACUCUCCAACAACAAGCUGACUAGCCUUCCUGCCUACUUUGGCUGCUAUCAAGCCCUUCGCAGCCUGAACUUGGCGUCCAACAACCUCGACACUUUUCCUGACUUCCUCUGUGAGCUCAGAACUGUCGUCGAUCUGGACAUCAGUUUCAAUGGCAUUUCGGCGUUGCCGAAAAUCGGUAAGCUUAUCAAUCUGGAACGCUUGUUCGCUACAAACAACAAGCUGUCUGGUGCAUUCCCCGAGACCUUCAAACAACUUGUCAAACUUACGCAGAUUGACAUUCGUUUCAACGCGCUUGACAAUAUUGAUGUCAUGGCCGAACUGCCUCAAUUGGAGCACCUUCUGGUUGGGCACAAUUCGAUUGCUGCAUACGAAGCUUCGUUCCACCGUAUCAAGGUUCUUUCUAUGGACCACAACCCCGUCACCCGCUUCGGCCUCACUAAUCCUGUUCCCACCCUCUCGGUGCUAAACCUUGCUUCGGCCAAACUAACACAGCUGCCCGAUGAUCUGUUCGCGAAGAUAUCGAACAUCUCAAAGCUGGUGCUGGACAAAAAUCACUUUACAGCUCUGUCGCCUCUGAUUGGUAAACUGACGAGAUUGGAACAUCUCAGUGUGGCCAAGAACAUGCUGAACAGCUUACCGUCAGAUAUUGGCAGACUUCAGGACUUGAGAUAUCUGGAUAUUCGAGAGAACAACCUUAGCAGACUGCCACAAGAGAUUUGGUACGCUCGUAGGUUAGAGUCGCUCAACAUUGCCUCCAAUGUUCUGAACGAGUUCCCCAAGCCGGGUGCACCACCGCCGUCUCUACCAUCUGAGGCACCAACCCCUGUCACGACAACUGGCGGACCGCAGACUCCUGAUUUCGAUGAGCUUGGCAAACUUGAAGCGUUCCAGCUGAGGAGACCUAGCCAAGUCAGUCACGGCAUGAUACCAGGCGGAUCACCAGCUGGGCGCAAAGCCUCAAUUGCCUCGACCUAUGGACCCCAGUCAAGAAAUCCGUCGUUGGCGCCCAGAGGAUCAACAGAGUCUGGACUUAGCAGUGCUGCUGCUACACCUGGACCUCGCAAGGACUCGACCAUGUCUAACAGGCUUGCAUCAACGUUUUCUUCUACUUUACGCCACCUGAUUCUGGCGGACAACCGCCUUUCCGACGAUGUUUUUGAUGAACUUGUCCUUCUCCCAGAACUACGGAUUCUCAACCUUUCGUACAACGAGCUUUAUGAUAUUCCACCAAGAACCAUCCGGAGAUGGCCAAAUUUGACCGAACUUUAUCUGUCAGGCAACGACUUGUCUGCACUACCAGCAGAAGACUUUGAAGAGGGUUCUGGUCUACGAGUGCUGCACUUGAACAGCAACAGGUUCAACGUCCUGCCCGCAGAGCUUGGCAAGAUCCAGAAACUUCAGACUCUAGAUGUUGGCAGCAAUGCACUGAAAUACAACGUGUCCAACUGGCCAUAUGAUUGGAACUGGAACUGGAAUCACCAAUUGAGGUAUCUCAACAUGUCUGGCAAUAAACGUCUUGAGAUUAAGCCCAACGUCAAUGUGGUACCUGGACGCGAGACGCGAGACCUAACGGACUUCUCUACUCUGCAACAUCUGAGGAUUCUUGGUCUUAUGGAUGUCACGCUUACCAUUCCUUCGGUGCCCGACCAAGGCCCCGACAGACGUGUGCGUACUGCAGGAUCGAUAAUCGGCACACACAUUCCCUAUGGAAUGGCUGAUACGCUUGGACGUCAUGAGCACUUAUCGACAUUGGAUAUGGUCAUCCCUAGUUUUGGAGGUCAUGAAGAUCGUUUACUCUUUGGUAUGUUUGACGGACACACUUUGACCACUGGAGGUAGCAAGGUGGCCAAGUUCCUCUACGAAAAGUUCAGACAUCACUUUGCAGACGAGCUCGCAAAGCUUCAAGAAGACAGCGACGACUCACCAUUAGACGCGCUAAGAAGGGCAUAUCUUUCGCUCAACAAGGAAUUCGCGACAGCAGCUACCCAAGCCAUUGAAGCUCGCGCCCAUCCAAGUGCUGCACUAGUCCAUAGAGGAAGCGUCACAGGUCUGGAGCUGGGCGAAGAUGACAUGACCUCCGGCGCAGUGGCUACAAUCAUGUAUCUCCAAGGCAUGGAGUUGUAUGUGUCUAAUGUUGGAGACGCUCAAGCUCUGUUGAUUGACUCAGAGGGCGGUCACCGAAUCAUCACUCGAAAACACGCACCCGCAGAAGCAGACGAGCGCAUUCGCAUCCGAGAGGCCGGUGGCUAUGUCUCACGUCAAGGAAAGCUUAACGACGCUCUUGAAGUUUCUAGAGCAUUUGGCUUUGUGCCACAUCUGCCGGGUGUUAUCGCAUGCCCUCACACGGCUCGCAUAUCGCUAAAGGAGUCUGACGAGAUCAUUGUUAUUGCUUCUCGUGAGCUCUGGGACUACCUGACCAUGGACUUUGCAGUAGAUGUUGCUCGCUCAGAACGUGGUGACCUGAUGCGUGCUUCGCAAAAGCUUCGUGAUCUGGCCAUUGCAUUUGGUGCUACAGGUAAAAUCAUGGUCAUGAUGAUUGGUGUGAGUGAUUUGCGCAAGAGGGAACGGGCUCGCUUCAGAACUCACAGCAUGAGUAUGGGUCCAAGUGGCGCACCCGAUGAGCUUCUGACUAUCUCGAGACGCCCCAAGCGUGGCAGAGACAAUGUUGGAGAUUCCAAGCUGGCACGUCUGGACCAAGAGAUUGAUCCUCCCCAAGGCGAAGUUACCUUGGUCUUUACCGAUAUCAAGAACAGCACAAUGCUAUGGGAAUCUUACCCCAUUGCCAUGAGAAGUGCGAUAAAAUUGCACAACGAGCUCAUGAGAAGGCAUUUGCGCAUUAUCGGUGGUUACGAGGUCAAAACUGAAGGUGAUGCGUUUAUGGUAGCUUUCCAGACCGUCACCAGUGCACUCUUGUGGACGUUCACCAUUCAGAGUCAACUGCUCGAGGUCCCUUGGCCGCAAGAGAUUCUCAACAGUAUUCAUGGUCAAGAAGUCCUCGAUGCUGACGGCAACCGUAUCUUCCGUGGUCUCUCGGUCCGUAUGGGUAUUCACUUUGGUCGCCCUGUGUGUGAACAAGAUCCUGUCACUGGCCGUAUGGAUUACUUCGGACCCAUGGUCAACAGAUCUGCCCGUAUCCAAUCCGUCGCUGAUGGCGGUCAGAUUACCGUCUCAUCAGAUUUCAUCGCGGAGAUUCAACGUCUGCUCGAGACACAUAUCGAGACCGACAGAAAUGGCUCUACAGGCUCCGAUGAUGCCAUGGGCGAUGAGAUGAUUGGGAAUGCUAUUCGUCGCGAAUUGCGAUCACUCAGCAGUCAAGGAUUCGAGGUCAAGGAUCUCGGUCAGCGCAACCUCAAGGGUUUGGAAAACCCUGAAUACAUCUACCUCAUGUACCCUCACUCGCUUGCAGCACGCUUGGUAGUCCAACAGCAGCAACAAGCACAGGCUGAACAAGUCAAGGCAGCCGCUGCUGCCUUACCUACCGAACGCAAUGUUGGCAUUGAGGCAGUGACUGGCAUGGCUGCAGUCAAGAGCGCCGACAGCCAACUCAGCAUUGACACCGAACACGUUUGGGACUUGUGGAGCGUGUCUCUACGUCUAGAGAUGUUGUGCAGCAGUCUCGAAAACACUGGAUUGACAGCACUGAAAGCACCCGAAACGGCACUUCUUGAACGCAUGAAAGAGCGUGGUGGAGAAAUGACUGAUCGCUUCGUCAUCAACUUUAUCGAGCAUCAGAUCAGUAGAAUCGAGACUUGUGUCACUACAUUGGCGCUUAGAAACAUGGUCCAACCAUUCAGACCUGGCAUGUUAUCCAACUCUAGACCCAUGGCUGAGAUUCUGGGAGACGUUACUGCUGCCAUGGCAGAACUCAAACGACUAAAAGGCGAAGUCGACAUGAACGAUGCCUAA